CAAUCCUCUUCCUCUCUAUCUCUUCAUAAAUCCAAAAAAAUGUCAUCCUCCAAUAAUUCUUCAAACAAUUCUUCCAACAAAUUCCUUCUCUACCCGAUCCAUAUGAGAAUCCCGAAUUAUUUUUCAUGAGUCUUGCUUCCAAUUUCUUGCAAGUGGCAAGUUCUUUUCGAUUUGAUCCUCCUCCUCCACCUAAGAGGAAGCGUAGAGUUAUUCGCCGUGAUUGUGAAGGUGGUGGCGACCGAUUUUAUUGGAAUUAUUUUGCUCCCGAUGCAGUGUAUGGCCCACAAUUAUUCCGAUGUCGUUUUCAUUGGAGCCGAGCGUUAUUUCUACGCAUUAUGAAUGCGUUAGAAGUUGAUCCAUUCUUUCAACAACGCUCUGAUGCUUGUGGCCGCUUUGGCUCUCACCAAUCCAUUUCUACGCAGUGUAUGUUUCAUUAUUUUUCAUUUUUUAAAAUUUAAUGUAGUGUUUGAUUUUUAAUUUAAUGAAUUUUAAAUUGUCAAAUUUAAUAUUAAUUCUAAUUAAAAAUAAUAUUAAAAUUAAAUUCAAAAUGUAAAUGAAAAUUAAAAAGAUGAGAGGUUGAGGGUGGACUCUUAAAUGGUGGGAGACGACAUUGCUCUCCACGGUGGAUGCUAGUCUUUAUAAUCCGUUUCUUUAAAAAAAAAAGCAAAAAAAAAGGUCCUUUAUAAUUCCCUCCGUCGCAUAAACCGCAAAAUAUACGAAGAAGAAACCCGCCAGCGUCGUCAAUCAUGGCCACAUGAGCUCCUUUACAUGGCGUCGCCGUACUCUCGCGAAGCCAGGAGUUUGCUUUCCCGCUUCAAACCUUCACUCGAGAGGUUGAAGUGCAGCUUUGUCGAAGAAAGGAGUCGCGCUCAUUUCUCUUCUCAUAUGGAUCCAGGCGAAUUUUCGAAAUGGAGGAAGUUGGACUCUAGGAAUUUUGGUUUAGAAAGGUCAAUGAUAUCUCUUGCUUCUUGGAUAGUUUUGAAGAAUUUACGAGCGAAAGGAUUUGAGGCCUACUUAGUUGGUGGAUGUGUUAGAGACUUACUUCUCAAUAAGGUGCCAAAGGACUAUGAUGUGAUCACAACAGCAGGGCUUAAACAGGUCAAGAGGACGUUUCAGCGUGCAAUGAUUGUUGGAAAACGGUUCCCUAUAUGUAUUGUCACUGUAAAAGGCUCUGUAGUGGAGGUAUCAAGUUUUGACACUAUAGCCAAAGAAUCUGGAGGAGAAAAAGUAAAAGUCCACCAAGAGCCGAGGGGUUGUAAUCCAAGAGACUUUCUUCGCUGGAAAAAUUGCUUGCACAGAGACUUCACUGUGAACAGCUUAUUUUUUGAUCCUUUUGUGAACGUGAUCUAUGACUAUACUGAUGCAAUUAUGGACUUGAAGUCUUUGAAGCUAAGAACAGUAAAACCAGCUCACUUAUCAUUCAAAGAGGAUCAAGCAAGAAUUUUGCGUGGAUUGAGACUUGCAGCUCGUCUUAACCUGUCAUUUUCAAAGGAGACAGAGGAUGCUCUAUAUAGCCUCUCUUCAUCAGUUGCUGAACUGAGCACGUCCAGGAUAUUUAUGGAGAUUAAUUAUAUGCUCUCAUAUGGAGCUGCUGCGCGUUCCCUUAUUUUGCUUAAAAGGUUUCGACUACUCGAUAUAUUGCUACCAUUUCAUGCAGCAUAUCUUUCCGAGCUGGUGCAUCGUCAACUUGGUGUACGUUCCUCAAUUUUAAUGAAAUUAUUUUCCAAUUUGGAUCAGUUGAUUACUUGUGACCGACCUUGCGCGGACAGCUUGUGGGUUGCAAUCUUGGCAUUUCACCUGGCAAUAUCUAGUAAUCCUCAACAUCCUAUCGUAGUUUUGACCUUUACUUCACUUCUGCAUCAUAGAACGAUGGAGGAAAGCAUUAAAUUUGCGAGACAAAAUGCUCUAAUUACGAGAAUUGACAUGCCUGAAAUCGUAGGUGUUGUUGACAACUUAUUAGAUGAUGAAAUAGUAGAAAGAGUGACUCUGUUUGUUGGGCAAGUAAAACAUUCUGUACAGUCUCUGAUCAACAAAACGUGUCUCUUGGAAUCAAUGUCCAGGUUUCCCGAGUUUCCAUGUUCUGGUUUGGUUUUCAUACCUCAGAAAAUGGGGCAAAAAGUGAAGAAAUUUUUUGACAUUUUGACAGAUGGUGCCAAUUCUGUAAAGGCCAAUGAAAGAACUCAGGAGAUAUGUCACCGGUUGCUGAAACAGGGAAAUGCAAAUGAGAUCAGGUUCGUGCUUGGUAAGAUAAUAGUGACAACUCUGCUUCACAGUAAAAAGCAAGGAGCAGAUGCUGAAGGUGGAAGGGAUGAUUUACUAGUAACAGACCGACCACAGAAGUUGGGCAAUUUUGAACAGAUUCGGAAUACGCCAGAUCAUAUGAGCGAAAUUUUUGCUGUGGAUAAGAACGAGAUGAAGAGGAGCGCAACACCAUCAAAUUACGAGGAAUUUUCUGACGUUGCUACGAAGAGGACAAGGUUAUCGGGUGGUAGUUCCACCAGUAGCCGCAGAUUUAGUGGAAGUCACAGGUCAAAUCCAGGUAAGUAGAUUCUGAAAGAUGAGCAUGUGAAAGCUGAGACGCUCCGUGACAGAUAGCUCCGUGCUUUCUGGUUGAUCAAAGUGAGCAGUGAUAGUGUGAUGCAAGAAGAUAAUCCUUGUUCUACUGAGUUUGAUUCAGUUCAAGAGUUGGAGGUAUCUGUGCUGUGCUAAACUCAAUAUUUAUUGGCUCUCGGAAUUUUUUUGAAUCAAACGCCGAAAUCUAAGGCUAUUGCGAGAACACAUCUGUUGUACAUUCGAUCACGAGGGAAACGAUGUGAAACAGAGCUUGAGCAAUGAUAACUACUCCCCAUUUUAAGAAGCAAUGCUUGUUUGGAAAAAGACAUAAAGAUGUAAUUUUGGUAGCUCUCAUAGGAUUCUGACAUAUGAAGGUGCACUAAAUUUUGGUGGCUAUUUAUAGGAUGUUUUAGUUGAUAUCUAAUUUUCACUUGAUGUUUGAACUAUUA